GGGAGGCGGAGGCGCCGCGUAGGACCCGGGGGCCGGGUCGGCGGGGCUGUGAGCUCCAGCCCCAUGUACAGCCGCCUCCCGCCACGAUGUUCCCCUCCCGGAGGAAAGCGGUGCAGUUGCCCUGGGAGGGCGGCAGGUCCAGGUUGCUCCCCAGUGGCCUCCCCAGGAAAUGCUCCGUCUUCCACCUCUUCGUUGCCUGUCUCUUAUUGGGCUUCUUCUCCCUACUCUGGCUGCAGCUCAGCUGCUCUGGUGAUGUGGCCCGGGCAGCCAGAGGACAAGGGCAGGAGACCCCGGGUCCAUCCCGGGCCUGUCCUCCAGAGAUGCCCCCUGAACACUGGGAAGAAGAUGCAUCAUGGGGCCCCCACCGCCUGGCAGUACUGGUACCCUUCCGUGAACGCUUUGAAGAGCUCUUGGUCUUUGUGCCCCACAUGCACCGCUUCCUAAGCAGGAAGAAGAUCCAGCACCACAUCUAUGUGCUCAACCAGGUGGAUCAUUUCAGGUUCAACCGAGCAGCACUCAUCAAUGUGGGCUUCCUGGAGAGCAGCAACAGCACAGACUACAUUGCCAUGCAUGAUGUGGACCUGCUCCCUCUCAACGAGGAUCUGGACUAUGGCUUCCCUGAGGCUGGGCCCUUUCAUGUGGCUUCCCCAGAGCUCCACCCACUCUACCACUACAAGACCUACGUGGGCGGCAUCCUGCUGCUCUCCAAGCAGCAUUACCAGCUGUGCAAUGGGAUGUCCAACCGCUUCUGGGGCUGGGGCCGUGAGGAUGAUGAAUUCUACCGGCGCAUCAAAGGAGCUGGGCUCCAGCUUUUCCGUCCCUCAGGAAUUACAACUGGGUACAAGACAUUUCACCACCUGCAUGACCCAGCCUGGCGGAAGAGGGACCAGAAGCGCAUUGCAGCUCAAAAACAGGAGCAAUUCAAGGUGGACCGGGAGGGAGGCCUGAACACUGUGAAGUACCAUGUGGAUUCCCGCACAGCCCUGUCUGUGGGUGGGGCCCCCUGUACUGUGCUCAACAUCAUGUUGGACUGUGACAAGACUGCCACCCCCUGGUGUACAUUUGGCUGAGUUGGCUAGAUAGUAAGGAAGCACAUGCCUACCGGCCACACUUCUACUCAGGCUCAGGAAAAAACCUCAGGCCUCGGGUCCAGUUCCAAAGGGAUGUAGAGUGACCUGAAGAAACAGACAGCAAGCUCUGUGUUUGCAGCAGCUGUCCACCAGAGGCAGGCCUGAGCCAGGACAGGACAAAUGUGGAGGUCUGGAUGCUGCUGGCAGUAAACAGUGAGAGAGGCUAAAGAGUGGCUCCCAACUGGGACUCUCCACUCUGCCUUCCUGCUGACCCUUCUCUGCCUCCUUCAUAUGCUGAGGCCUGUGGGCAGUGGGAGGAUUGCACAGGACAACCCCAGCCUCAUGUUUGUUCCUUCCUGCUGAAUCACCUCCUGCAGAGAUACAAUUUAGAAGGUAUGCAGCUGAUGUAGGUGGUAAUUGUGAUUGGGAGGCUUCGAACUUCAGAAACCAGAGCACAAGAACCACAGAAAGCAACAGCCAAUACCAGUUCCCACUGGUUGUCACUAUACAGGAAUGUGGAUCUGCUGUCAACAGAUAUUCUGAUUUUUCAAAAGAAACUAGAAUGCUGGAUUCUUAAGUGAAAGCUUCUGAUUUUUAAAUGAUAGCAGCUAAUUGAAACUUGCAAAAUGUAUGACAGGCCAAACAAAAUGUGUUGUGGACCACUGGUUUGUCACCUUUGGCUGAGGGGAAGGGAAAGGGGCAAAAGAUGACACCUUUCAGUUGUCAAGGAAUUGCUGGCAAGGAAGUGGGGUAGGGGUGGAGGUGCUGGUCCAGGUGGAAAGAGAAGCAAAAAGCAUGAGUUUCUAGCACCACCUACCUCGGCCCUCUAGGCUUCUGGAUGGCUUCCUUGAGUCUGGGCAGUCUCACCACCUUCAGGCUCCAUCUGGUUGGGCUCUGACUCUGGGAGGGGUGCUUCUUCCUGUCUUACCGAGAAAUAGCAACUGAAGAAAUAGAUCCACAGGACUGGACUUAAGAUAGACAGCACCAGUUAGCCUCAGGUUGAGGCUUGAAGGAGGGAGGAUCAUGAUUCUAAGGUGGGAGGAAGAAGUUGGGGAGUGGAAUAAUCCCUGCAGUGUUCAUAGAAUUAAGGGAAAUUUCUAGCAGUCUCCAAGGAUCAUUACCAAGGAGAGGUGAGCAUGGGAGCCGAGGAAGUCUAUGAAAUUGGGGAAUGAUCUCGGAGGAAGCAUUUGGAGGGAAGCCUGGUGCCACAAGUGGGAGAUGAGGGACCCCGUGAAAGGUAGUUUGUUCAUUCCAGGCAUUUGACUGCCAGAAAUUUUGGGCAGAAGCCAGAGGAAACUUGGAACCAGUUAACGUUGAUUUGUUUAACAUUGGGACAUGUCAAGGGCUGCAGAAGGGAUUGAGGUCCCAGAGUUGAGGUCAACAGUGCUGGUUCAAAAAGACUCCUCCUCUGAGGAUGAUCUCAGGGUUGUUGGGUGCAGUUAUCUGGGUUGGGUACUGUACAACCUGUGUAAAAGUGGAGAGAUUUAAGCAGAGAUGGUUUGGAGUAGAACUUGAGGUUCUGAGGCCUAAUCCAGAGUUGUGACAUUGCCCAGUGAUUCAGCCUCACCUGCUACACUGGGGGGCAAACAGGCCUGGAUUACAAUGGAAAGGCAGGGAAGAUAGGGAUGAGACUCUGAGUGUCCCAGUGUCCCAGCAUCCCUCAUCUUGGACUUGUAUAUAAUACAGGCAGUGACACCUGCCUCUUGGAGUUGGUGGGAAUAGAUGUGAUAUCAAAGCCCCUAGCCCUGCAUUCACCUGUCAUGUAGGGGGAAGGCCUCCAAAAAUGGGAAUGUCUUCCUUUUCACUUGCACUAGAGGAGUGGAAUGAGCAGAAGGGACAAGAAGAUCUCUUCACCUUGUGGGAUCAGUCAACAGUACACCCCAUUAGGUGUGGUGGUACACACCUGUAAUCCCAGCAGCUUGAGAGGCUGAGACAGGAGGAUCAUGAGUUCAAAGGCCAGCCUUAGCAACUUAACAAGGCCCUAGCAACUCUCUAAAUGAAAUAUCU